UUCACAUAGUUUCAGUUUAAUCAUUUGGUAAUACGAGUUGGUAACGUGUACAUCCUUUCUACUUUAGCAUCUUCAUAAACGAAGUCAAUCUUUCGCUAUUUUCGUUGCAAUUGAAAAAAAUGGAAGACGACGGUGGUAAUGUUGUUGAUCUUUAUAUUCCCAGAAAGUGCUCAUCGAGCAAUCGUAUUGUACAUGCAAAGGAUCAUGCAUCUAUACAAUUGACUUUGGCAGAAGUAGAUCCAGAAACCGGUCGUAUGACAGAUACAACCAAAAUGUAUGCGAUAUGCGGAGCAAUCCGUCGAAUGGGUGAAUCUGAUGAUUGUUUAGUUCGCCUUGCAAAAGACGAUGGAAUCUUACCUAAAAACUUUUAAUGUAAUUUUAUUUUAAUAAAAAUUAUAUAAAUAAAACAAUA